UUAGGUCAAUCAGAGUUUCAGAUUCUCGUAGCGUCGCCAAACCCGCGCGGGCUUUAACAUGGCAACCCGUUAAAGUUUUCCGACGAAAGAAGAAAGAACAAGAGAAGGAACCCGGUGGAUAUUUCUACGCUGCGCACGAAGAAAAGCUGCAGACAUUGAUAUGAAGCUUUGGGCGGGUUUUCAUUUUAACUUUAUGAGCGCUCGGUUCGAGCGCGAGCCAGUGUGCUAACAGCUAACGAGAAGCUAGCUGUUUGAAAAGUUUACCGAAACCGAGCAGGAAUUAGACGGGCCCAUGACGGGAGAAGGCGUGAAGCACUCCCCGGUCCUGUCCACCCUGUUUAGAAUGAUGGACGACAGCGAACUGCAAGGAGCCUCUGAGUUUAUCAAAGACCGACUGUACUUUGCCACGUUACGAAGCAAACCCAAAAGCACAGCAAACACGCACUACUUCUGCACGGACGACGAGUUUCUCUACGAAAACUUUUAUGCAGACUUUGGGCCUCUGAACUUGGCCAUGCUCUACAGAUACUGCUGCAAGCUGAACAAGAAACUAAAAUCAUUCACUCUGACCAGAAAGAGGAUAGUUCAUUACACCAGCUUUGACCAGAGGAAGAGGUCCAAUGCGGCUGUGCUGAUCGGAGGCUACGCGGUGAUCUAUCUGAAGAAAACCCCACAAGAAGCCUACAGAGCUCUGACCUCUGGUUCCAACGCCUCCUACCUGCCUUUCAGGGAUGCCUCCUUUGGGAAUUGCACCUAUGAUCUUACAGUGCUACACUGUCUGCAAGGCAUUAAAAAGGCUCUGCAGCACGGCUUCUUCGACUUUGAGACGUUUGACGUGAACGAGUACGAACACUAUGAGCGUGUGGAGAAUGGAGAUCUGAACUGGAUUGUCCCGGGGAAGUUCCUGGCCUUCAGUGGACCUCAUCCUAAAACUAAGAUAGAAAAUGGUUACCCUCUGCACGCCCCUGAGGCUUACUUUCCAUAUUUCCGAAAACACAACGUGACCACCAUCGUCCGACUGAACAAGAAGAUCUACGAUGCCAAACGCUUCACCGACGCCGGCUUCGACCACUACGACCUCUUCUUUGUAGACGGAAGCACGCCUAAUGACCUCAUCGUACGCCGCUUCCUGCACAUCAGUGAAAGCACUCGGGGCGCUGUGGCCGUCCACUGCAAAGCUGGCCUUGGCAGAACAGGCACUCUGAUUGGCUGCUACCUUAUGAAACAUUACCGCUUCACAGCAGGUGAGGCCAUCGCCUGGAUCCGGAUCUGCAGACCGGGCUCUGUAAUCGGCCCGCAGCAGAACUUCCUGGAUGAGAAGCAGGGGGCGCUGUGGUCGCAGGGCGACAGCCAGCGCUCUCAGAAGAUGAAGCUGGAAGACAAAGGAAUGCCCCACCUCAUCACCAGCAUGGAUGAACUGUCGCUAAACUCCACCCGCCAAAGCAACAUGAACAGAUCGCAGAGCUCCGACCAUCUGCAGGAGAAUGACCUCACAGACGGCGGCUCAGGUCUAACGCAGGGAGACAAACUAAGAGCGCUGAAGAGCCGACGAGCUACUCGCCUAUCAGCCACCGGGCCACAAAGGCUGGAGGAGGCGAGGCUCUCGGGUCACUCCGCUUCACAGCCGCUCAGACUGUCCAUGGGUGGAGGUCAGGGCUCCGUCUCCCCCCUCAAGUCUUCCAAAUUCUCAGCAUCCUCCUCCUCGCCUGCAGCAAAGAGAAUCGGAAGGCUCUCCUCUCCACCAGCAGUUAACCCGAGGAGCCUCAUGUGUGUCAUGAUGAUCAUGUAUGUCGUAUGUGCUCCUCCACCCCCACCCCCCGCUGACUUCAGCUCAGCUCUCAGCUCGCGAUUGGCCAGUUCUCUGAGCGAUCUGUACGCCGCCGAUAUGGAGGAGGACAGAAAGAGCCCGUACUCUUCGCUUUCGCCCUCCUCUCCCUCCUCUCCCUCCUCUUUGUCCAUAAGCCCUGCCCCUUCCCCUUUGGCCCCGCCCUCUUUGGCUUGCUAUGUUAACGGACCUCGGUGCGUGAAGCACGAGAUAAACAACAACAGCGGUCCGUUUGUUGGCUCUGUGGCGCCUUCCGCAGGGAAAGGUUUUGUUCGAUCUGGCCUGCAGGACUUCAGCCCUUACAGCAGCCGCGGGCCUUACAGCGCCAUGAAGGGCCCCUCAGGACGCUACCUGAGCCGCUCCAUACCUUCUCUUCAGUCUGAAUUCAUCCAAUACUAAAAGUAAUCGAUGACGUGAGGACACCCACCCCUCCCGUUCUCUACACCCAGAAUCCUCUGAUCAAAGACGCCUAAAGGGAAACGGAUAAACCAGCGAGAGUUUGACUCUAAGGACUGAACCUCCUCUAUGUGCUUAUCAUGUAUAUACAAAAGAGCUGCUUUGUAAAUAUGUCACUGAUGCGCCCGUCCUUAACAUCUGUUUUGAAGAGAUUUUAUAUUUGUGAAGAACUGGUUCUUGUUUUGAAGACAUUUUAUGAUCUUUUUUUUUUUUCCUUUUGAUAAAAGGACGCCUGGCUUUGUCGUCAUGGUUACAGUAUUUCCUCUGGUCCUCCAUCAGUCGACAAGCAGACUUGAUGAGACUGAUCCACGUUUGACUCUAAUCAACAGCAAUAACAGUUCAAGAAGGGAGCCACUAACAGAAAGACGGCCUCUAAACUCAGGGGAUUAACAGGAGCGUCGGAUGGCCUUAAAGGAACUUUGUGCAACGACUCGGCCAACCUUUGACCUCUGCAUUGUCACAGACUGAAUGUAAACCCAGGGGUUUCAGCAUCGCUGGUGGACUGUAAGAUGAGAUGAAUCCUGUCUCCACCCGUUUUACGACCUUGACUCAGGUCACCGACCUUCACAAGGGAGCUACCAAGUCGUUCAUCUGCACUCCAGACUGUAAAUGCAGCCCAAGUUGAAACUAUUUUGACCUUCUUAAGUCAUUUUUAUUUAUUUUUUUAACAGAGUUUUUACAAUCUGAGUAUUUAAAACCUUUAUUUGGGCAUCCAUGAAGGAUGAUGGACUCCUGACUGAUUUAUCCAGAAACAUUUAGUUUUUUUUUUCUUCUUCAAGAGUCACCUGAUGAGUUUCAGCAUAAACACAUGAUGUCUAAGAAGGAUAUGCAACGGUUGACCUCAGGCUUGAAGUGCCUUCAACAUUUCUGGCAGGGCUGUGCUGAGAUGUGAAGCUGCAGGAAAGCAAGACUUUUAUUUUGGCGUCAACUUCCUGAAGUUAGAUCUGCUGUUUAAAAUAUAUGGAUCCUGUAUUUAAGGUCACACUGAAAUCUAUUUAGGGAGAAGAGAGCAAAUAAUGUAGGUGCAUAUAUAUUUUUCUUUGGAGAGCAGAGUUUCUAUCUGAGCAAUAACAAUAAAACUAAUGGAUCAGA